GCUUUGAGCCGCCCACCCACUGUCUCCGGCUCCCCCGAUCCAUCUUCCAUCCACCACCAUCGCCGUCCCUCACAAACCUCCGUUCUUUUCCUCCACCUUUUCCUUGUGCUCUCCUCUCUAUCAAGUGAAGUCUUAUCCCUCCCCUAAUCCCCUUCCCCCUGCCUUCCUUCUCCCUCCCUCCCUCCCAACCUCCUCCCUCAGUUCACAUCACCUUUGCUUCGCUUUGCUUUGCUUUCGUGCCGUCCUUCAACUCAAGAAGCCAACAGGUGCAAGCAAGCCUUCAGUUUCAACAAGACAAGAGCUUGGAAAAGAAACUGUCGUUGAUCUCUGCAAGCCAAGAAGAAGUCCAGAGGAAGUAGCCUCUAGCCCAUCCGAGAAGUGACGGAAUCCAAGAAGCCGCAGCCGUCGCCGCCGCCGAAGUAGCAGCCAUGGUGCGGAGCAAAGAGACGCCCAAGAAGAAGCCCAAGGACCCGCUCCUGACGCCUCCGUCCAAGCCCAGGGGCGGCUUCCUGGACGAGCCGGGUCGCCCGUGGAACCGCGGCGGCGUGGCCAUGUCCCCGGCGCCGGCGUCGGUGCCCAGCUACAUGAGGGGCACCAGCAGCUCCGACGCCAAGGCCGGGCGCCGCGGGCGGCCGGUGGCGUCGGUAUCCGCUUCGGCGUCGCCGGCGAGGCGGAUGACGGCGGCGACGGUGUCGGCAUCGGCGUCGCCCGCGAGGAGACCGGCGGUGCGGGUUCUGACAAGGGGAAAGGUGCUGUUCCCGGAGGAGGCGCCCGGCUCCGGCUCCGGCCUGGGCCGCGCCACGUGCUCAUCGACUAUGAAGGAGGCCAAAUUCCCCGACGCGCUCGACCUCGCGCCGGGCGCCACCGACGCCGAGGGCCCCGCGGCGCUGCGGGUGUGCCCCUACACCUACUGCUCCCUCAACGGCCACACGCACUUGCCGGCGGUGCCGCUCCGGAGCUUCCUCGCGUCACGCCGGCGGCUCAUCAAGACGCAGCAGAGCAUGAAGCUCAAGGGCGUCUCGGCGUUCCGCAAGAAAUCAGGGGAGAAGACCAGCGGCGGCAGUGGAGGCGGAGGCGCAAAGAUCGCGCCUUUGAUCGACGAGGAGGCCGUCGGCGAUUUCUUCGUCGAGGUGUACGCCGGCCCGAGGGUGAGCACGGACAUGAGCUGCAGCGACAUGUCCCUGGACGAGAUGGACGCCACGGUGAGGAAGAUGGAGUUCGUCAUGUUCGAUCGGUGCGGCGCCGAAGAGGACAGCGAGAAAGGCAAGGAUCCUACCGUUUGCGACGAAGGUGAGCCUGAGCCUCACCUGAGGUUGGAGAAGCAUGGUGCCUUCAGGGACAACCUGUCGGAGUGCAGCGGAGCUGACACCGGCAGUGAUUUUGUUGAGGAGUUGCCAUGGAUGAGGUACCAUGGUUACGAAUACGAUGAUAGCUUGGAUGAUGAGAUCUCGGAAGAACAGAGGAUAAGAGAAGAGGAGGCUGGUGGAGCAGAGAUUUCUGUGGAGCAAGAAGAGGAACAAGGAACAUCUGGUAGAUUGGGUGAUGAUUUCAAAGAAGAUGCUGCUGAAGAACAGGAAAAUGAUGAUGAUGAAAACACCUCUAAUUUGGUCCAAGAAACAGAGAUCAUUGCAGAUCAAGGUGUUGCUUGCAGAGUGGAGACAUGCCAGGAGCCAGAUGGAAGAGAUGAAGACAACAUCCUGGACACGUCGUGUUGUGGGGAGGCAUCUACUGGACAAGGAACAGCAGAAGAGCAGCUCUCUGAAGAUGUCUACAAAUCAGAGAUUCUUAAUGAAGAAGUAACAGGAUGGGCGGGUACUAUCCUGGAAGAGUGCUGCAAAGAGGAGAUUUCAGCGGAUCGAGGAGCAAAUGAUGAUGAGUACAGCGUGCAAUCUGAUGAUGAAUCAGAGGUAACCAGGGAGCAGGACAAGGAUGAAGAGAGUACACCAGAUGAUGGCUCUGAGAUGGAGAUUUCUGAAGAUACUAUCUCUGGUGAUGGAUGCAGAGCUGAUUUCUCUGAGGAAGUAACCUCCAGAGCUAUCCCAGAAGAUGAUAGCACUGUGGACUAUGCAUUUGAACAAUAUGUGGGCACUGUGGAUGAUGCAUUUGAACAAGAUGGCAGCCCUACAAAUGGCCACAAUGAUGCUCGAAAGGGAUUUUGUAUCACAAGAAGCAAACUUGAAGUUAUCUCUGAAGGAAUCGCUACAGGUCAAGAAACCUAUCAAGAUGGCUCCAUGGAUGGCAUGGUUCCAAAGAAAUUGGAGAUUACUGCAUGCAGAUUGGAAGAAGCUUCAGAAGAAUCUGGUAAUUCCGAAGAAAGCAACCAGGGUGGUAUCUCCACAUGUGUCGAUGAUGCUCAAGUGGAACUGGAUAUUACGACAUGCAAGUUGAAGGAUGCUUAUGAAGAAUCCAACACCACUGAAGAAAGUGGGCUAAACAGUAAUGCAGAGAAUGUUACAGAUGGCGCUGAAAUGGGGCCAGAAAUUGCCAAAUGCAAUUUGGAAGAUGCUUCUGAAGAAUCUGAUAUUGAUCAAGACACUGCAGAAGAUGAUUACUCUACAUGUAACAGUGGUGAUACUCAAAAUGCUGAUCAGAGUGAUAGGUCUGCAAAUGUCAGUUCUGAUGCUCAAGAAGCCAUGGGAGAUGAUGGUUCUGCAUAUGUCAGUGAUGAUGUUCAAUAUGAUUUGGAGAUCAAAUACAGCUUGGAAGAUGCUUCCAAAGAAUCUGUUAUUGCUCAAGAAGCUGAUCAGGGCCAUAGCUCCGCAGAUGUCAGUUCUGAUGCGCAAAAUGAAUCUGAGCUUACCACAAGUGAGUUGGCAGUUAUAGCCAUCACCGAUGACCAUGAAAAUGAAUUCAAGAUUUCCACAUGCAAAUCAGAAGAUAUUUUUGAGGAAUCUGUUAUUGGUGAAGAAGCUGAUCAUGAUGAGAGCUCUGCAUAUGUCGGUGAUGGCACUCAAAAUGAAUAUGAGGUUACCACUUGUCACUCAGAAGGUGCUCAAGUGGAAUCUGAUGUAAUUAAGGAAGAUGAGGAUGGGAUUAAUACUGCAGGUGGUCAAAAGAAAUAUGAAAUUACAGCAUGUGAAUCAGGAGGUGCUUCUUUAAAGCCUGCUAUGCCUCAAGAGACUGAUGGAGAUAUUAAUAACGUAUAUGCAAGUGACGGUUCGCAAAAUGAUACUACCAUGCCAAAACUUGAUGCUUGUGAAGCUGUUCAUGUUACUGAAGAAGCAGAUCAGUCUUUGCAAAUACCAGCAGAAUUUUCUGAUGCAAAAGAACCUUCUAUUGACGACAUAUGCGGUGCAUUCAGUGGGAUGAACCUCAAGGGAGAUGUAUAUUUUGAUCCUGCUGAGUCUGCCACAUGUCCGGGGAAUAAACUGAUCAUCUCCAGGAGGAGGAGAACGCCUGAAGAGGAGGAAUACCUGCGAGGUUUCAAUCCGCGCGCACCGAACUUUCUUCCUCUGGAAUUGGAUCCAGACGCAGAGAAGGUUGAUCUGAAGCACCAAAUGAUGGAUGAGCGGAAGAAUGCUGAGGAAUGGAUGAUCGAUUAUGCGCUUAGGCAGGCAGUGACAAAUUUAGCUCCUGCUCGAAAGAAGAAAGUGGAGCUUCUGGUCCAAGCCUUUGAAACCGUUCUGCCACAUGAUGAGGAAGAUAAGAAAAGCAUCUCACCCACAAGGCCUGUCCAAGCUUGCAACUGAUAACAUUAGAGUUAGUGGUUACACUAAUGGCGAUCUUGACCGCCGAAGCUACUAACUCGGAGGUCGCUGCAAUAUUAGUGCCAGUGAACCUGCUCCAAGUUUAAAUCGGAGAGCUGCUUACUAAUUGCUAGGGAUAACUAGAGAUCUCUAGCUGAGUUGUUUAAGAGGAGCUCACUCCUGCUCCACAAUGAAGGAUAACUGCUUAGUGCUUACUACUGAUCAGGAUAUUCCUAUCCAGUUGCUGAGUUGCAAAGGGAAUAGCUCACCGGCUUGAGUUGUGUUAUUCAAGUGUGUAUACAUGUCUCGUGUGCUAAUGUCGUCUGAUAUUGUACUGACGGCUCUGUGAGGAUUGAAAACUGUCAAGGGUGAUGGUGUGCAUGUGUCCUUUGGCAUAGGUCAAUAAAACUCAUCUUGAGUGCACAACUGUUGUUUCCGAAGAUGAUUCUGUGUAUCAUAUUAUAACAGGUUUGCAUUUGUAAAAUGUAAUACACCAGCAAA